AUGGCUUGUUUACAAGCGGGAACCGUCCUUACCGCUACUGUGGAACAAUCAUUAGAAAACUGUCUUCUUGUUUACGUAAAGCAUAAGUCAAAAAUAUUUAGAGGAGUGCUUUUUGACGAAAAGAACGCGAUCGUUUGGAGGUGGGUCAACUUGUUUAUUCACAAUUUGUGAUGAGUUAUAAAUUGUUAAAAAUUAUUUCGUAAGGGAUUUUGCACUUUCAGGUAGUCAGUUUGAAGAUAAAUUUAAAUGUAGACUUAUCCUUAUGUCUGUUCUUUUUUUACGCACGAUAUGUCUUGAAAUAUAAAGAGCACCCGUUGAUGAGCUGAACACAGGUCUUGUAGCAGUGAAGGGGAAAAUUACUUCAGGAAGUACUAUUCUUGGUGACGGCGCUUCACGGUGGUCAACAAGGCAGGCCAGUCUGUUUUACAGACGACAGAACAAUAAGUCGUUUCCUUGUCGAAGGCUCCCGAGCUUAUUUAGCGACGUUAAAGUCCUAACAGACGCUGAUUUUAUUAAGGAAAGUCAGGGAAACUCUAAAAAUAUGGUGAGCAAAUCAGUCACUUCAACCAAAAGACCAACUGCCUUGGGUGAUUAUAAAACUAAGCAAGGGCAGUUAAACAAGGCUAAGGAAAUUUCGGCAAGAAAGGUCACCUGUGCAUCGACCCAAGUUACUGUCAAGACCUCCAAAUGUGAGACUAAACGAAAAAGGAAGUCUUCUGGUCAAGACAUCUGUGACAGGCCAUCAAAGAAGAAACCAGCAAUGGUGAGCCCCCAAGGUGUCCAGAAAAGCACUGACAACAAGCAAACAAAAAUCGAGUGUAAAAGCCCAAAGAAAACUAAAGUGGUUAGUGAUGAAACAAGUACCAUAGAACCAAAAAAUUCAACAGCAGAGAGUGUCUCUUCAACCCAGUACAAAAUUCUGAUGACGAGACCUGCAGUUCCCACAGUACCGGUAGGGACGCACACAACUGCACAGCAACAAUCCAGCACUGUGUUGGUACUUAAGAAAGUUGUUCCACCUGCUGAAAGGGAGGUGAACAGAUUGCCUGUAAGAAAAAGCUUGGAGACAGUUGUGUCUAAUUUGACUGAUAGGAAUGUCAGUAAGAAUGUUUGUAAUGAUGAAGUUGAAGAAUGGGAAAAUCGAAGCAAUGAGACACCUAUUUUAACAGUGAAACUUGAGAAGAAGGGGAAAGACAGUGUGGACAUCGAUAACAGGAGGCACCCUGAAUUGCAUGUGGAAACAGCAAAAUGCUGUGCUCCCAAUGUUAUGACUGAUAAAGAUGACUUUCAUUCGGACGAAGAGAAUUCAGUUGGAGAAAUAAAUUCAGCCACUGAUCAAACUGAUAUUCAGAUUGAGUCUAAUUCAUCUGAUGAACACAAAAGAGAGAAUAAGACAAGUCUGUUGAAUGAUGAUGGUGGCCUUGCAGGAACACAGGAAUCAAAAACUGAAAAUCAUGGCCCCAUUAAACGAUCUGCUAGGAUCAGUGAGAGGAAGGCAAAGAUCAUUGCCUCUUCUUUAGCAACUAAGGACUACCCUGAAAAAUCAGAUUGGCUCAAAGGGCUUGAGACAGAGAGAAACCAGUCAAGCACAACUUCUAAUGCCUUGAGUUUUAAUUCCUCAAACCUUUCAACAGUCACAACCACAAACACAGAACACCAACCUCAAAAACACAAAACUAAAUCUGCCAAUAACAUUAAGUACACACAACGAAUGACCUGGCAGCUUCAACCUCAGGUGACUCCGACUGACAACAGGAACCCUGUGUCUGUCGGCGAUAUUGUGUGGGGCAAAGUUCAUGGACAUCCUUGGUGGCCAGGAAAGGUACUGGCCAUUAGUGGAAUCAGAAAUGAAGACAGCAAGAACCCAUGGAACAGAGAUGCUCAUGUUUCCUGGUUUGGCUCCAACACAAGCUCCAUCAUGCCUUUGCACAGCCUUCAGCUGUUUCUGCCUAACUUUGCUAAAAGACACAAGAAACGUAAGAAAGGAUUUUACAGAAUUGCUGUCAGGGAGGCGCAAGCGGCAUUAAAAUUGAUGGCUGAUGAUAGCUGUUUAGCUUGGUAA